UUCUUUUAUUUAUUUCUCAAUGUAGGUAACCUUACUUUUCCAAUAAGAAAAUUUACAUUUUUUAAAAAAUAUAUAAAAAAACAUGCUUUAUAAAAAAGUUAUUCUUCACAGGAACAGGACACUAUUGUACAAGAAAGAUAGAUGCCAGGUUACAAGUUUUAUUACAAAAAUAUAUGAAUUAAACAAAUUAUAUUAUGGUCAUAUAUCUCAUACGAGGAUACCAAUUGGUAUAAAAAAUGAUAUAUUACAAAAUUUUCCUCGACCAAAUAGAGCAAAUUCAGAUCUUGCCACUUUAUUAAGCAAUAGCAGUAUUUUACAGAAAUCCAGUGUAUUAAAUUUGAAUGUCGACAUCCGAUUUAUUCAUAGCUUUGGAUCAUCGUCGAUAUUAAGGAGUGAUGGUGGUUUUAGUCAGUUUUGUUGGAAAAGUACCGAUGCUAAUAUAUCUUUAGAUUCUGAUGCAAUAUUACGAAGUUCUUCACCGGUCGCAACUACUACAGAGAGGGCAAAAGAAAUAUUCUACAAUGAUACUGAAAAUGCCAAGCAGAUUUCAAAACAAUUCCCGGCCCCAAAAAAUGUGUUACACAACAUGUUUGAUGAAAUAUCAAGACAGAAUAACAAUAAAUCCCUUAAGUUGACUCCAUACUAUAAAUUGGUCAAAGAUGGUAAACAGUCCAUUUGGAUUUGCACAUAUCACAUAUACUGGCCGGAAGAAGUAAAAUUUUUGGCAAAGGACACCAGAAAAAGCGUAGCUUCCCAUAAGGCAGCUGUUGCGGCUCUGACUUGGCUAAAAAGCAAUAAUAAAAUCACUAAAGAGGGUUUACCGGUGAUUUAUGGAAAGGAAGAAGUGAAAACCAUAACCAAGAAAACCGUGCCUGUUUUAUUAAUGGACAAAUCGACAGUAAAUAAAAUGCAGAACAUCAUCCAACUGUAUUGUGCCCAGAUCGCGCCUCAUAUUACCCAGAACGAAUUAGAAAAUGCUCGGGACACGGACGAGUCUGAAGAUGCAUCGGAGACAUUCCAAGAAACUGGAGAUGUAACUUUAAGAAAUACAAGGCGGCAGAGAUACCUUGGGGUGAAUAAAUACUUAGCAAAGGAGAAAGUUAACUUGCCUAUAGCGGCCUACAAGUGUGACUUUAUGAAUUUAUUGAAAGAAAACCAAAUAAUAAUAGUGAAAGGCGAACCAGGCUGUGGAAAAAGUACUAGAGUUCCGCAGUACGUCCUAGAGAUGUGGGCAAAGGAAGAUGGUCUUUUGGGAGAGCCGGGCCGUAUAGCAGUCACGCAGCCAAGAAGGAUUGCUGCCAUAUCUUUGGCCGAACGAGUUGCAGUGGAAAGAGAUGAAUCUGUUGGCGAUAUCGUAGGCUAUCAAGUUCGAUUGAAAUCCAAUUUUAACCCAUCGACGGGCAGGGUGCUUUAUUGUACUACCGGUAUACUCCUAAGACACUUCCAGUCGGAUCCCAGCCUCUCUAAUUUUUCCCACAUCAUCCUCGACGAGGCACACGAACGCGACGUUAAUACAGAUCUGCUGAUGAACUUGUUGAGGAGUGCCUGUAAGAUGAAUCCAAUGUUAAAACUUGUAAUUAUGAGUGCCACGAUCGAUACUUCUAUGUUUAGCCAAUAUUUCGACGGAGCCCCCAUCAUGGAAAUCCCAGGAUUUACGUAUCCGGUCGUGCAGCAUUUUUUGGAUACAUGCAAAAAAAUAGAUGUCAGCAAAACUAUCGCUAUGUGCGAAAGUGAUGUGCCAUCCGUCAUUCACGAAGACGUUGCACGGAUCAUCCAAUUCAUCCACAAACAUAAAAAGGAGGGUGCCGUCCUCUGUUUCUUACCUGGUUGGGAGGAUAUAAGCAAGAUUCAGAAGUUAAUUCCUCUCGGUGGCGAUCUCACAGUGUAUUGCUUGCAUUCCAGAUUACAGGAUUCCGAGCAGUGGAAGAUCUUCUCGAGACCUCCGCCAGGGAUCAGAAAGAUAAUAUUGGCGACAAAUAUAGCAGAAACUUCUGUGACCAUAGACGAUGUCGUUUACGUUAUUGACACGGGAAUUCAUAAAGAGCAACGAUUUGAUGUCGACAAAGGUGUUAACUGUAUCGACAACCAUUGGAUUUCCAAAGCCAGCGCCGACCAGAGAAAGGGCCGAGCUGGCCGUGUCCAACCCGGUGAAUGUUUCCAUCUCUACACUCGUGAGAAAUAUGAAUCUUUUCCGGAUUACUCUCUCCCGGAAAUCCAACGUACGUCUCUGACGAAAAUCGUACUGGACUCGAAAGUCUUCAGUAACAACAUGGACGCCCUGGAGUUUAUGACCAAGCUCCCAACACCGCCCGAAGAGAAUGCCACCUUGAGGGCCGUGGAUGACCUGAAGGAUUUGGAGAUGUUGGAUAAAGAGGAGAAACUGACAUCGCUGGGCACGGUAUGUGCCGACUUUCAGUUGGAGCCGAAACUGUCCAAAGCUCUGAUCAGCGCCGUUAUCUUCAAAUGCGUUACUCCUGUAGUGGACAUAGUCACUUUGUUCUCGGCCGAUACUGAAUUUUUCACAUCGGGGUUGUUGCGUAAGGACGAAAUAAAAAGGACAAAGAGUUUGUUUUGCAAAGACAGCGACCACCUGGCCAUGAUGAGGUUGUUCGAGAAAUGGCUGGAGUAUUCUCACGAAGGGGACUCCUGGGAUCUUAAAAGGUUAUGCGAUGAGACCAACUUGGUGAAUCACAAGAUGCAGAUGAUCGAAAAAUUAAGGAAAAUUCAUUACGACUACCUCUACAAUGGUCUGUACAAGGUGUUGCCAAUUUCGGACGAUUUUUCUGAUAACGACGAGAUGGUGAAGGCCGUUUUGUAUUCUGGCAUCGGCACAGUCCUACAUCAUCGCACCUGGGACGUUGUUAAGAACAAAUUGAAAAACAACGUUAAUUGUUUAUUAACAAGGAAUAAUCACAGGGCGACGAUUACAACCGAGAGCGUAAAUUUUAAAAGAAGGAAAUUUCCCACAAACUUUUUACUUUACAUUAACGAAACCAGGUCGAACAUCAGAAGGACCACUUUAAUAAGAGAAUGUAGUUUAAUGCCAAAUAUUUCGGUAUUACUUUUUUCUAAUAAGGAUUUGGAUAUCGAAGAUGUCAAUAAAGAGGACUUCUCCAUAGACAUCCCUUCUCAGGAUCAGGUCAAAGUGUCUAUUGAAAACACGAACAUAGCAUUUCUCUGUGAUAGAGCUCAAGCUCAAGAUUUGGUGGAUUGUAAGAAUUGCAUAAUGACGGCAUACCGCUACUACAUCGAACAGCUUACCAACAGCGGAAAUGAGAACCGUGACGUUAAUAAGUCGUGGAGCGAUAUUUUGAUGUUAAUCGACGACAUCUUAAGUGCUAACAGAGUUAAGAAUUAGUAUUUAUUUUUGUAGUAGGUAUUUUCGAAUCGUUGUUAAUUUAAAAAAAAUAUAUAUAUUUUCGUUGAGAGUAAACAUCUUUUA